AUGUGGGUUCUGAAGCUGUCGUUGAAGACGAUGUCAGGUCUCAUCGGUUUUUCUCCAGCUACAUUACCGCAUCUCAGCUUUUUUGGAUCAGAAGAAUCUAACAUGAGAACGGAUCCUGAGACACUCAGAAACAGAGCGGUUUUACCUGGUGAAAGUGAAACCACACACCGUUAUUCAACUGCGUCAAGAGAACAAACGGAUACAGAGACGCAAGGAGAGAACAACAAUGUGUUCCAAACCAAGAAACGGAGAAGAGCUUUGUGGAAAGCAAGUGUUUAUUCAAUGACACUUGGAAUGCUAAUAUCUCUGCUAAUGGGUUUAAACAUGUCUUGGACUGCAAUAACCGCGGCUCUAGCUCUCGUCGUUCUUGAUUUUAAAGACGCAAGGCCAUCUCUAGAGAAGGCGAAAAUCGACCAAGCCAAAGGAACCACGGUUCUGGCACUUGUGAUUCUUGUCCUCUCCAAUGUACCAACCGUGCUUCCGUUGGGAGCUAGAGUGGCGGCGGCUGCAGGGGAAGAGGAGAAGAAGGCGUGGGUGAGCACAGUGACUAGAAACUUCUCGUUGCUUGGUUCAGAAGCAAACUUGAUAGUUUGUGAGCAAGCUCGUAGAGCAGUGAGCUAG